CAAGAAUUGUUCGUUGGUCGUGAUCCCAAGUCCGACAUCGUCAUCCCCGAGCGUACCUGCUCCUACCGCCAUUUAUACUUCUACGUCUCCUCCUUCGACGACAGUAGGGAACAUCCGGGCCCACUCGUCUACUGUGAAGAUCUCAACAGUACGAACGGUACAUACGUCAAUGGGAGAGUCAUCAAAAGGGGCCAGAGCGUGUUGCUCUUCCACGGUGAUAAAAUCGAGAUCAAGGAAGCUGCAACAUUCGAAUUUCAGAAUUUAUACUACGAGGGAAACCCCCUGGACGAUCUGACUGCUAGAGGGCAAAGAUAUUUUGCCCAUGGGUUCGAGAUUACCACUAGAAUCUUGGGAAAGGGAGCCUUCGGUAGAGUGCACCUAGCCUAUGAUCACCAGACUUGUGAUCAGGUGGUCUGCAAAAUCGUCAACAUGGACAGAAACGCAACGGGCGCCCGCACUUCGGCUACAGAUGAUAUGCGUUGGGACGUUGCAAUGAAAGAAGCCAAAGUUCUAACUUCAAUGAACCAUCCGAAUAUCAUAAACGUCAGAGGCGUUUGCACAACGGACGAUCGGAUCUACAUCUUCCAGGAUCUGGCAUCGCACGGAGAUCUGUUCAAUUUUAUGGAGAAGAAGGGAACUUUCAGGGAAGUGGAAAUGCUUCCAAUCAUCUGGCAGAUUUUGCUGGCCCUAGAGCACAUGCACUCGAAAGGGAUAGUCCAUAGAGACUUAAAGCCCGAAAACAUCCUCUGUUGCACUCGGAAGAUCGGUGGAAGGAUCGUCUUGGCCGACUUUGGCCUGGCUGAGUACUUGGGACCAGCCGGGCGGUUGACUAGUUGUGUUGGGACCCAUGAAUACAUGGCCCCAGAGGUGUAUCUUCCCGGAAAGUCGGGAUAUGGCAAGGAAGUGGAUCUUUGGGCCCUUGGGGUCAUUGUCCACAACAUGUUUCUUUCCGGCAGACCUUCUAAUGGUCUCCGGGAGAGCAUGGGCCAUCAUCUCCGUCGUGGCGAACUCGGGAGAUUUGACGAGAUCCCGAUGAGCCACAAGGCCCUUGAUUUUAUCAGGGGCCUUCUCUGCAUCGAUCCUCGGGAGCGGAUGACGGUACGGGAGGCUAUGGAGCACCCGUGGCUCAAUAGACACGGGAGAGAGCUCCGUGCGCUUUACCAACGG